AUGGUUCACGUCGAAGAUCGAGCCGGCUCCUUCGUCGGAGACGAGAAGGUCGACCAUGGAUUGGCUGCUGCCGCAACGGACGAGGAGCACAACCUGACCUUGAUGCAAGCCUUGAAGAAGUACCCUCAAGCAUGUUUCUGGUCCAUCGCUAUCUCGAGCGCCAUCAUCAUGGAAGGAUACGACAUUGUAUUAAUCUACUCCUUCUUCGGACAACCUGCCUUCGUCAGGAAGUAUGGCGAGCUUGAUGCUGCCACCGGAGAGUACUCACUCUCUGCUGCAUGGCAGGCAGGUCUCGGUAAUGGAACACAAAUCGGCACAGUCAUUGGCGCUUUCUUGAACGGAUACCUCACUCACAAAUUUGGCUACCGCAAGGUCAUGAUCGCCUCUCUUCUGUCUCUGCUUGCAUUCAUCUUCAUCCCCUUCUUCGCACCCUCUGUUGAAGUCAUUUUGAUCGGCCAAAUUCUUUGCGGUAUCCCCUGGGGGGUCUUUGCAACUAUGGCACCAGCCUACGCGUCUGAAGUGUGUCCUACUGCGCUUCGUGGCUAUCUUACUGUCUAUGUCAACCUUACUUGGGCUUUUGGUCAGCUGGUGGGCGCGGGCGUACAAUCUGGAGUCUCCGGCAUCACAACAGAGUGGGCAUACAGAAUUCCUUUUGCUAUUCAAUGGGUGUGGCCUCUACCAAUCGCUCUCCUCGCUUUCCUCGCACCAGAAAGUCCAUGGCAUCUCAUCCGCACCGGCGACAACGAUGGUGCUUUACGCUCGAUCAAGCGUUUGUCUUCGAACAAGACCGACAGCGAACACCGAGCUCAGCUUGCCAUGAUGCAGCACACCAACCAGUUGGAAAUGGAUAUCAGUGCAGGUACAUCUUACUGGGACUGCUUCAAGGGUAUCGAUCGUCGCCGCACUGAGAUCGUAUGCAUGGUCUUCGCGGCUCAGCCCUUCUGUGGCAGUGCUAUGGGCGGAACACCCACCUACUUCUUCAUUCAAGCCGGCCUCCCCACCUCCAUCUCGUUCAAAAUGACCGUUGGCGGACUCGCCAUGGCUUCCGUCGGCACGAUCAUCUCCUGGUACCUCCUCUCCGCCUUCGGCCGCCGCACUCUAUACCUUUGGGGCCUCGGCCUUCUCACUCUCGUCCUCACCACCACCGGAGCCAUCAGCGCCGCAGACGCCAAAAGUGUCGCAGGCAACUACGCACAAGCCGUCAUGAUGCUCCUCUGGCUCUUCAUAUACUAUCUUACCGUCGGACCAAUCUGCUACGCCAUCGUCGGCGAAACCUCCGCCACCCGUCUGAGAAACAAGAGUGUCUGCUUGGCCAGAAUAUCCUACUACAUUGCCAACAUCAUCUGUGGUGCUGUCAACCCGUACCUCUUGAACCCUACAGCUUUGAACCUCAGAGGCAAGACUGGCUUUAUCUGGGCAGGUACCUCGCUUGUCUUCUUCGUGUGGACGUUCUUCAGACUGCCCGAGUGCAAGGACCGUACUUAUGAAGAGUUGGACGUACUGUUUGCGAACAAGGUCAAGACUCGCGAGUUCAGAAAGUUCGACGUCAAUGUAUACGCUGAGGAUGGACAAACUCUUGUCAAGCAGGAGUAA